CGUCUCGUACAUUUUACCACACGUUAUCUCUACGCUACUCGUGGCUCGUGGACGACGAAGGUUCGUGUCGCAUAAUCGUAACAAUAAUUGUACGCGAAUCAAUUACGUCGAACCGAUUUUUUUUUUUUUUUAAUUCGUCUGACCGUCUACACAACGGUCGUGAAAACGUUUUGUGGACGUACGUUUCAGACCUGAGGUAAUUACGAAACGCACUACUCGCGUUCGCGGUGAUCGAUAAUAAAUAAACCGGACGGCAGUCGUUUCGAUCGCGGAAAAUCGGAACUAUUUCAGCAAUUACAAGACGUGUGUGAAGUUUAACCGUUGUGCAGAUUAUCGUUCGUUAUUAUUGCCGCUGGAAGUCUGACGCGGCCCAAGUUCGUCACACUGCGAACAAAUUCGCGAAAACCGCGUUCUCCGUGUUACAGACACGAUCCAAUAACACGAUUGCUGAUAUGUCGCCCAAAGGAAUUUUAUGUGUAUUGGCUUUGGUUACGAUUUUACCUCUCGUCCUAAGUUAUGAUUUUUUCAUAACUGAGGGAAUUCGUAACUAUAAAUUCCGUUAUUCAGCCGAAAAUGUAUACAAAUUUAAUGUAACAGAAAUCGAUGGAAAAAUUUCUAGUAUGAAUCAAUACAAAAAUAAGACAUUGAUUAUUUUAAACUUGCCAUUUAGUCUCGAGGCCAGACGUAUCUAUGUUUUAGGUUUACUAUUUUUAAAGCAUUACAAUAAAGGAUUAAGAAUUAUUGGUUUUCCAACCGAUGAGCUGACGCCAGGUUCCCAUGCAGACGAUAAAUAUAACAGUCCAGUCUUUAUGAGGAAUUACAUCAGAGAAAACCAAAUUAAAUUUCAGGUUUAUCAUAAAACUUUGGUCAAUGGUCCUCUAGCACAUCCAUUAUGGAGUUAUAUGAAAGCAACAUUCAGUCUUUUUGAUAACUGCAUUACUAAUAACUACACAAUGUUUAUCGUCGACAAAAGAGGUAUACCCGUUCAAAGACUUCCAGAAGACGAACGACCUUUUUUUGAGGAAAUAGAAGAUGCUGUUGUCCCGUAUUUGUAUUUUCAAUAGCUUAGUUAUAUCUUGUUAAAUACCAUAACGUUCAUACUAAUACAUAAUCUUUCGAAUACCAAUGCAUUAAAUGAGAAUAAUUACGAUACAAGACUAUAAACGUGAACAAAUUGGACGAUUGAUUGCUCAUUAUAUUUAACAGUUUUCGAUUGUCAAAACAACAAUCAAUUAUAAAAUGCAGGACCUUCUUUUAAUUAUCUUUAGAAAUAAACUUAAAAUUAAAAUGGAAUAAA